GCCGCCAGCCGCCCCCUCGGCGCAGCGUGUGAUGUUGGACAUGGGAGAUAGGAAGGAAGUGAAAAUGCUGCCGAAGUCCUCCUUCAGCAUCAACAGCCUGGUGCCCGAAGCCGUGCAGAGCGACAACCACAGCGGCCACAGCCACCACAACAGCCACCACCCGCACCAUCACCACCACCACCACCACCACCACCCGCCGCCGCCGCAACAGCCCCAGCGCGCCGCCGCGGCCGAAGACGAGGACGAGGAAAAGGCGCCGUUGCUGCUGCCGCCGCCCGCCGCCGGCGCCCUGGAGGCGGCCAAGGCCGAGGCGCUGGCGGGGAAGGGUGAGGCCGGCGCGGCGGCGGCGGAGCUGGAGGAGAAGGAGAAGGUGGCCGAGGAGAAGAAGGGGGCGGCCGAGGGGGGCAAGGACGGGGAGGGCGGCAAGGAGGGCGAGAAGAAGAACGGCAAGUACGAGAAGCCGCCGUUCAGCUAUAACGCGCUCAUCAUGAUGGCCAUCCGGCAGAGCCCCGAGAAGCGCCUGACGCUUAACGGCAUCUACGAGUUCAUCAUGAAGAACUUCCCCUACUACCGGGAGAACAAGCAGGGCUGGCAGAACUCCAUCCGCCACAACCUCUCUCUCAAUAAGUGCUUCGUCAAGGUGCCCCGCCACUACGACGACCCGGGCAAAGGGAACUACUGGAUGCUGGACCCGUCCAGCGACGACGUCUUCAUCGGGGGCACCACGGGCAAGCUGCGCCGGCGCUCCACCACUUCGCGGGCCAAGCUGGCCUUCAAGCGCGGUGCCCGCCUCACCUCCACCGGCCUCACCUUCAUGGACCGGGCGGGGUCCCUCUACUGGCCCAUGUCCCCCUUCCUGUCCCUGCACCACCCGCGGGCCAGCAGCACGCUGAGCUACAACGGGACCGCGUCCGCCUACCCCAGCCACCCCAUGCCCUACAGCUCGGUGUUGACUCAGAACUCCUUGGGGAACAAUCACUCCUUUUCCACGUCCAACGGGUUGAGCGUCGAUAGACUCGUCAAUGGGGAGAUCCCCUACGCCACUCACCACCUCACGGCCGCCGCCCUGGCCGCCUCGGUGCCGUGCGGCUUGUCGGUCCCCUGCUCCGGCACCUACUCCCUAAACCCCUGCUCCGUGAACCUCCUGGCGGGACAGACGAGUUACUUUUUCCCCCACGUCCCUCACCCCUCAAUGACUUCUCAGAGCAGCACUUCGAUGACGGCCAGGGCCGCCUCUUCAUCCACAUCGCCGCAGGCACCCUCCACCCUGCCCUGCGAGUCCCUAAGACCUUCUUUGCCGAGUUUCACGACGGGACUCUCCGGAGGACUCUCCGAUUAUUUCACACAUCAAAAUCAGGGGUCUUCUUCCAACCCUUUAAUACAUUAACGUCCAUGGGAACAGACUGUAAGUGAACAUUUUACACACGUUCGCGUUGUAAAUGAUGAUUGAAAGGAGAAAAAAAAGAAAAAGGAAAAAAAAAGGAAAACAAAAAAGCCCAGGUAUUUUUUAUUAAGUCCCCCAUUUUCUGUACGUUUGUUCAGUCUUUAGGGUCGUUUAUUAUGCCACCAGGGUGAGGAGUGUCAGCGAGGUGCAAUGUGGGGAGAUUUCAUUGUAGACUAUGGAGUUUGGAAGACAAAUUUCUAGUAGAAUGUGUAUCUAAUAGUGACUGCUUCCGCGAUUCCUAUUCAAACACGAAAAGUCCAUCUCUAAAGCCGCUAGAUUCUCCAUGUUUGCAGUAUUAUAAGUUAUCAUGGAUAUGUCGGUGGGUGCAGACCUUGAAAAAAGCCACUAGAUUUAUGAAAACUAUAAUAAAAAAGAAAGUGUAAUUUGUAUUUAAGCAGAUUCAUACUGAGAGAUGCCCAAAAACUACGUUUUGGCCAUUUAUAAUUUUAUC